UCUUCGAUUCUGGAUUUUGUACAUUAGAUGGCGCCUGGAAUUCGAACAAAUACAAUUCCCGUAGCGUUUCCAUUGGUCAGACAGGACUCACAAUCUUCGCAUGGAUUGGCCGUUAAUCGCGAUCGAGAGAUCUCCACGAAUCCUGACUGUGUCCUGUACACCAAAGAACAAAGUAUACAGGUUGUACGAAAGGCGAUCGUGCCGGUAUCGUAGGCUUGUGCAGUUUUGGUUCAUUGUCAUCGUUUUUGACGGGAAGCAACGAUUAAUCCCGAGAAAUAGAUCGCACGUAUGCACGUAUUGAAUGAUAAUACCUACACCUACGGGGCACGUACAAACAAGUGUGUGAGGCUGUGUAUCCGAUCAGUGUGUGUAUGCGAGCACAACCGCGUGCGGGCGGUUCCCACACGUCCGUGCAACAAGUGUCAUACACGGCAGCGCGGCGAAUAACCGAUUGUUUCGAAGAGCGCCGUGCAUGGUGCUUGUUCUUUCUUCAGUGGAUAGAAAGAACCACCGGCAAGGAUGGGCUGCGCGGUGAGCACCACCGGCGAGAAAGAAGCCGCCGAAAGGUCUAAGAAGAUCGACAAGGAUCUUAGAGCGGAUGGGGAACGGGCCGCCAGUGAGGUCAAGCUCCUCCUGCUUGGAGCUGGAGAAUCUGGAAAAUCUACUAUAGUAAAACAAAUGAAAAUUAUCCAUGAAACUGGCUAUAGUAAAGAAGAAUGUGAACAAUAUAAACCUGUAGUUUGCAGUAACACAGUUCAAAGUCUUAUGACAAUAAUUAGAGCCAUGGGUCAGCUUAGAAUUGACUUUGCAGAUCCUAAUAAAGCGGAUAUAGCACGCCAAUUUUUUACUCUAGCUUCUGCAGCAGAGGAGGGUGAACUAACUGGGGAUCUGGCAACAUUAAUGAAACGAUUAUGGCAGGAUGCUGGAGUACAACUCUGUUUUACACGUAGUAGAGAAUAUCAGCUCAAUGAUUCGGCAGCAUAUUAUCUUAAUGCGUUAGAUCGCAUAGCACAACCUAAUUAUAUUCCUACUCAGCAAGAUGUUCUCAGAACACGUGUAAAAACAACAGGAAUUGUAGAAACACACUUCUCUUUCAAGGGCUUACAUUUUAAAAUGUUUGAUGUGGGUGGUCAAAGAUCAGAAAGAAAAAAAUGGAUACACUGUUUUGAAGGAGUUACUGCAAUAAUUUUUUGUGUUGCAUUAAGUGGGUAUGAUUUGGUUCUUGCAGAGGAUGAAGAAAUGAAUAGAAUGAUAGAGUCAAUGAAACUAUUUGACUCUAUCUGCAAUAGUAAGUGGUUUGUUGAAACAUCGAUCAUUUUAUUCCUGAACAAAAAGGAUCUUUUUGAGGAUAAAAUCACCAGGAGCCCAUUGACUAUUUGUUUCCCAGAGUAUAAGGGUGCCAAUACUUAUGAAGAAUGUGCUUCUUAUAUUCAAAUGAAAUUUGAAAAUCUGAAUAAAAGGAAAGAUCAGAAACAAAUUUACACACAUUUUACAUGUGCCACUGACACAUCUAAUAUACAGUUUGUGUUUGAUGCUGUAACUGAUGUUAUAAUCAAAAACAAUUUGAGUAAUUGUGGUUUACUAAGUUAA